AAGUGGAGAUUGCAAGUGCGCACGGUGGCAGCGCUCCGCGUCUCACUUUACGGACUUCUGCCACGCCGAGGAGUACCUGCCGCCGGAGCCCGGAUAUUUACAGGAUCGGGGGAGACGGGAGCGUCAAAGAGGCGGGCAGCGUCUGUCAGCGAGUGGACGUCUGAGAGAGGACGGGGAAGCGGCCGGAAGGGCUGGACGGACCGCGGCGCGGCGCACCAUGGCCUCAAAGGAGAGCUCAGCGGCCGGCUUUGUCAGCGUGAGCAGGGAAAUCACAGAGAGCAUCAGGAAGGUUUUGGACAAACAGCCUGUUAAGUUUGUGCGAGCCAUCAAGCAGGAGACGAGAGGCGGCAAGUCAGAGGACAGAAUCCUGGUCCUGGCAACAUGGAGACUGUAUCUCUUCGCUGUCAAAGUGCCCACCAAGGUAGAAGUCACUUUCAACUUUUUGGAAAUCAGAGCAAUGAACACCUAUCCAGACUACCAGGUGGUCAUCGAUACAGACAAGACCACCUACUCGCUACGCCUUCAGACCCAGGAGCAGCUGGAUCACAUGGUCAACCACAUCAACUACGCCCUCUCCCGCGUCUUCAACAACUCCAUUUAUGCUCCUCCAAUUUGCCGAGCGGAGGGAGAUGUGCCUGAUGGCAGCCAUAAGUUUUCACCCAACUCCGAAUCGUCAUUAGAGGCUCCUAAAACCUGUGGCGGUUUUUCUGAGACGUACGCUGCCCUUUGUGACUACAACGGGAUCGGCUGCAAAGAAGAAGUCCAGUGGGAUGUUGACACGAUCUAUCACUCUCAGGACAACCGGGAGUUCAACCUGCUGGACUUCAGCCAUCUCGACAGCAGGGACUUGGCAGUGAUUGUGGCAUCCAUUGCCUACAACACCUGGUUCACCAAGCUGUACUGCAAAGACAUGCGAAUAGGGUCAGAGGUGGUGGACCAGAUUCUGCACACGGUCAGCAAGUCCAACAGUCUGGAGGAGCUCACGCUGGAGAACGCUGGACUUAAAGCGGAUUUUCCACAGAAGAUGGCGUCGGCUUUAUCAGAGAACCCGGCCUCCGUGAUUCACUCCCUCAAUCUGGCUCAUAACACACUUGACAACCAAGGAGUCUCCAACCUAAUUCAACAAGUCUGCCGGCUCAACAAAGGUCUACGACUCCUAAAUCUCUCCAAGACCUCUCUCUCCUCCAAGGGUGUUGUUUCAUUGUCUCAGGCUCUGUGUUCAAGUGACGACUACUCCAACUCUCUGCUGCACCUGGACCUCAGCAAGAACCCCGGGGUUCUGUCUGGAGAGGACGCCACGAACCUGUACCUGUUCUUGGCCCAGCCCAACUGCCUGGUCCAUUUAGACCUGUCAGGGACAGACUGCACCGUGGACUCGCUAUUCGGGGCCCUGCUGCGAGGCUGCUGCGCCGACCUCUCCUACCUGAAUCUGUCCAAGAACUCCUUCUCUCACAGGAGAGGGAGAGACUCUCUGCCGACUUUCCGCCAGUUCUUCAGCUCGGCCUUCAGCCUGACCCACGUCAGCCUGGCCUCCAUGAAGGUCCCGCCGGAUUCGCUGAGAGCUCUCUUCCUGGGUUUGUCCAACAACCCUCACAUCUCCGACCUUCACCUGGACAUCAGCAGCUGUGAGCUGAGGUCGGCGGGUGCCGCCGUGAUUCAGGAGCUCUUCCCUCGCGUUUCGUGCGUGGGGACUUUAGACGUCUCUGAUAACGGUUUGGACGCCGACUUGUUGGCCGUCAUCCCGGCAUUCUCCCGGCACCCCUCCCUCAAACACCUGAUGUUGGGGAAAAACUUCAACAUCAAGGGCAAGGUGCUGGAUGAAAUCCUGCAGAAACUAGUUCAUUUGGUGCAAGAAGAAGAGUGUGCCCUGCAGUCCCUCUCUCUGGCCGACUCGAGGCUUCGCCAACGGGGAACAGUGCUGGUUAACGCCCUGGGCUCCAACGCCUGCCUCCGGAAGGUGGACCUGAGCGGCAACCUGCUGGAGGACUCCGGGGCCAAGAUGCUGAGCAAGGCUCUGCAGAUCAAUACGACACUCAGGAGCGUGACGUGGGAUCGCAACAACACCACGGGAGUCGGCUUCCAAGACGUGGCGAGAGCGCUGGAGCACAACUUCACGCUGCAGUACAUGCCCCUCCCCCUUUGUGAUAUCGCUCAGGCGUACCGCGGCGCCCCGGAAAAGACCGAACAAGCCUUGGCCAAGAUCCAGCGUGCACUGCUCAGGAACAACCAGACUCAGCGCUUCUCUCAGAAGCAGGCGCUCAGACUGCAUCAGGGUCUCGUCACCAGCACUGCUGAACAGGUGAUGGAGCGUCUUUGCAUUAGGGUGCAGCAGCAGCUUUGUGUACUGAAGUCCUGCGAGGACGGAGACGAGGUCCAGACUGCCAGACAAAUCCUCAAAGAGGCCAGAAACUCGAGAGCUCUGUACCCGUCCCUGUGCGAGCUGGCCCACGUCCUGUCGGUGGACGGCCCCGUCAAACAGCGGCUGGACACGCUGGCUGGAGAGCUGGCCAAGGCCGCAGACAAAGAGCUGCAGGUGGUGGUGGACUCCAUGGUGUCUCUCUGCCGAGAGUUGUGUCCCAUGUCCUGCUCGGCCGCCGAGAGACUCAGCCCGCCUCUCUCCGCCAUCUCCGAGCAAGUCUCCAUCCCUUGCUCAGCCAUCCGCAGCGCUCUGAUGGAGCGAGCAGCCGAAGACAUCAACCAGGCUCUGGAGGAGGUGAAGCUGUCCGUGGUCUCCUAUCUGACAAACUCUAUCGUGGAUCAGAUCCUGCAGGAGCUCUACACCACCCAUAAAACCCUGCUGCGACAGGUCUCUCAGGCGAAGCGCUGGGACGAUGUCGGGACGGGUAGACGAUCCGUCAGACAUUCGAGACUUGUUGAAUCUCUGGAUUUCCCCGAUGAGGACUUUGGAGUGAACCUCGGAAUAGAUACCAUAGCGAUCAAAAAGCGGAGCUCCAGAACCAGAAGGAUCCGUCCCGUCUCCACCAGAAUGAGUUUAGGUGACGAGCCCAGUCCCUCUCCCACUCCCUCCGCUCCUUCCCACUCGGCAUCUCUCACUCACUCGGCAUCUUGGGAGUGCCUUUCCACUCUCCCCACCAACGGCUCGCCUCUGCGUCACGUGACCCACGUCCGGCCACGUCCGCCGCGACGACACAGAGCCGCACACAUUCCUCCUGAAUCUCAUUGCUCUGAGAAUGGAGGUGUCAGUAUGCUGGAGGACGGACUUCCAGAUUUCUACAGCAAGAGAGUUCUGCCUGACAGUCAGCUGUCAUCCCUCAAUCAGGCCCAAUCACUCAGGAGAAAGAAGAGGCGCAGCGUACUGUCGAUUUUCUCCGGCUUCCGCAAGAACCGCAACUCCACCUUCUCCAACCAGGAGUCUGAGUGCGCCUCAGAGAACGUCUACUCCAUGAUUCAGCAUCCUAAAGACACCGGGAGGUCAGAGAGCGCCGUUCCGGGAGCAAACGGGACCCUGUCCUCACCUCUGCCAGCUCAGGGCGUACCUGCUCACGGACUCAGGGCCGCCAGCCCCCCCUGCUCCAUCCAAAGACAGUCCACAGAUCUGGUCAGCAUGGUGUACAGCUGCAUUGGGGCGGAAAUAGAGGACUCCGACAGCAGCAGCACCUGCGACAUCAAAGAGUCGUCGCCGCACAGCGCUGACGGAUCAAACGCCAUCUCGGACGCCCUGACAGAUCCGUGGAGUAAUGGACAUGUGGCGUCCUCCAAACACCAGACGGACAGGCAGAUGGAGACGGCCAGGCAGGAGAGGAUCGUCCCACUGACGGAGUCGCGGACCGAGGCGGGAGAAGACGUCCAGAGCAGCGGCGUUGGCAGCGCCAGGCCGGAGCCGCCUCCGCACAGCACCAAGCCCAAUCUGGCUGUGAUAAGGCAGAGACAUCUGCAGGACAGUUCAGAAGAGGCAGGAAUGCCAGAGGGAGAAGAGCAGAGCGAGAGACUGCAGGAAGAGAAGCAGAGAGGGCGAGGACCAGAGGGACAGCGUCCUCUUAUUCCCAAAAAGCCCAGCGUAGACCUCCAGAGAGACAAGACCUCUCCGGAAAAGACCAAGACUUCACCGAAAACUCCCGCGAGUCUUGAAGAACAGAACGACGACCAGAAGAGUUCGCCUCCGGCUCGGACAGCGUCUGAAGACAGCGUGAGCAGCGAAGCGAGGAGCCCUACGGUCUCUGUGAAGCCUGGCUUAGAGAAUGCCGAUCCCACCAUCAUCAGCCACGAUGAGGAAGCAGAUCAUAAUGGAUUCCCCAAAACAUCCCAUCACACCAGGAAGUCCAACUCAUUUGACAUAGGCAUGGAACGGGACAUACCCUAUGAUCCAGAGAGGUCCUUAGAUCGCAGAUUCGCUGUGAAAAAGCACAGAAACAGAUCCUUGGACUUCUCUGCUGGGACUGGGUGUAUGUAUCUGCUCCAUUCCCUUUCUGAUGCAUGUGGUAUGACCACUACUUACCCUCCACCCAAUCUUUUUUUUUUUUUUUCACUUUUCAAUGUUUGCUGUUUUUGCUCAACCUCGCUUUUAUCAAGCCCCUCACGCACGAGUCGUACCCUACACAUUAAAAGCAAGGCUGUACAGUCGCUUUAUAAAUGAUUGAUCAAAGCAAGAGACCACAGAAUAUCAUUUAAAGGGAUAAUCUGGCUAAUUUCCAGGCAUGUCUCACUUCCGUUGGCAGCCUUCGGCGAAAAAACAGACGACAGCUUCCUCAUUUCCGCCCUUUUAUUUCUCAUGCUUAAUUCUUUUCCUUGGUUCUGUUAUUGUGAUAAUUGCCAGACGAGUUCAGCUGAUUCAUUAUCAUUUUCCACUCUAAGCAGCGCGGUGCUGAAGAAGUCGACCUCAGGGUUGCUGGAACUGAAAGAAUGCUAAUGACGAGGCAAAACCCACUGCCAAUUACCCUUGUAAUCCAGAGCGGUGCAUCUUAAAAUUCUGCUACAGAAAUCUUCAACACAGUGAGGUUGCGCAUCCUUGACUUUGUAGUAUAAGAGCUAAUUAUCUCAAGUAUAAAAGGUCUGAUCCCCCUCUGUGAUCCGUCAUAUCAGGGAUUCAGCGCAGUUGCAGUUGUAUCAUUUGCUUCAGUUAUUACACUGAGGUCUCAAUUUCUCCCGUUGCAGAUCAAUACUUGACACAACGUCUGCCUAGUGAGAAAAAAAAAAGUCACCAUUAGGUUUUCCUCUGAAGACAGCCGACUUGAUGAAAGCGGCUUCGUCUCCGAAUGCUUGGAAUUUUAAAUUGAAAUUCCCGCAGACACUUGAAGAAACAAAGGGAGACCAUCGCCGUUUGUCCCAGACUUGUCAUUUAGGUUAUCUAAACGUCUAAAAUGUUAAGUGCUCACUGAAAGCAAGAGCAAAGAAAGCCAGUCUUUGAUAUGCAAGCCUAAAAAUGUCAAACAACAGAUCAUACUCGGGAUUGAUAGAAAGGUGGAAAAUUAGCUUUUUGACAUUUUCUUUCAAGAAAACAAACCCAGAAUAAAAACAUUUUGAGUGAUGUCGAUGGAUGGGAAAAGGCUCCUUUAUAGAGAGCCACUAAGAAAUCGGCCUGCCUUCAGACACUGUUGAUUUUACUCUCUUACUUAAAACCCAAUCUUUUAUCCAAUCUGGAAACUUGUCAGCAGGUCACUCAAACAACAACACUCUUUGGUGUGGAAGUUGCUACUGAGGGAGGAAGAUUUAAAGUUAGUUAUUUUUAGCUCCAUUGAAGCAUUUAGUAAUGAAGGCGGAUGAAGCACCAAGUUUUCCUGGCUGCUACUUUUUUUUUCUCUUCAGGAAGUCGAAUGUAUAAAAGUAUAAAAGUGAUGUUGCUUUGUUUUACCAUUUAGGUGAAUCCAACCUGCUGGGUUGGGAGAAGAUGACCAUCUUUCAGUAGUCUAAUUGUCUUGUAACGGUCGACAGGAAAUACUCACUUUAGUAGCAUAUGCUAACUCAGCAUGCUAACUGCUGAUUCAAGAGACUUUCUAUUUUAACUCUAAUUCUUUUGUACUUGUUUUAAAGUAGUCGUAAAAUCCUCUUUCACCUGCAGAGCGGUGUCACACAAGCAGAGCCCUUUCUCUUACACACACACACACAGUGUGACGUCACCUCUGAUCCCCAUAUAAAUAAUUCAUAAUCACAGAGAGGCGUAUGGAAGCUACUCUAUCGUCACAUCAAACAACAGAAAAAUUAACUAGCACAGUCUUUUAAAACAUCCAAUUAGACACAGCUAGUUUUAUUCAGUUUUUGUUGUUGUUGUUGUUUUUUCAUUUGAAUGGAUCUCUUUAAACACGAAGAAACGUUAAUGUCCCUCAAUGUGUCUUGUAAAGUUGUAAAUUAAAUAUGGUGUUUGUUUUUUUUGUUGUUUUUUUUUACUUUUUGAGUUAUGAUGUCCCAUAACCUGGAGGAUUUUAGUUUUUGCAAGUUUGUCAAUGUUCAGUCAUCAGAAACACAACUCUAACUUUGGGAUGUUUCUAAUGUUUGUUUGUUUUUGUUUUUAUUGCUGAUACUGGGCACUUCUUUUUUUUUUUUGCUCAUUCUUGAACAGACGUCAGGAUUGGCUAAAAUCUAACCUAGAGAUUCAUCUUUACAAAGUCGGUGAUCAGAAAUCAGCAUCUUGAAUCUAGUAUUAUGUCUCCAUGUGCUGCUUUAGCAUAAAUAGGUUGAUACAAAUUUAUAUGUCAGGUUGUCAUAUAAGUUUCAGAUCACAAAAUUAUGAACUGUGACCUCGCAAAGUGAAAAAACCACAAAUAUCAUGCGAUAUUUUGUAAAUUUUGCAGCAAUAACCCACUAAAUCACCUUACAUAUUUUGCUAUGCCUACACUCCGUCUGCAUUUAUGAAGAUUCUCUCACCUCAGCAUGUCAAAUGCUUGGAGUAGCCCAACAUGGAGCAGCCUAGCUACUUAAUCGGCUUUAAGUAUUUGGACUUAACGCAAUCAAAGACCAUGAAUAGAACAUUGAGUUUUCAUCCAAAGAAAGUCAGUUGGAGGGUAAAAAUGUGACAUGGAGCAAUUACUCUUUUUUUUUCUGCAUUAUAGCGCUGUAUAGUGUCCAACAUUAAUCCCAGUAUGCAUCAACUACACAAAAUGGGAGCCCAUGAGAAGCCACACAUUUACCUCAUGUAUAUAACAGGGCUUGAUUUUUUUAUUUUAGUUUUUACAAAAUCUGCUUAAUUCCCUCUGAUUUAAACUCCAGUGCAACAUCAUGUUUAGGCUUAGACAGCAUUACACUUUAUACACACAUGACAUCAGUGUUAACGAGAGGAUAGUGUUUAUUAUGGGCGAGCCAGUCGAUUGCAACCUAAUCGACCUGCAUGUCACUUGCUAAAGGCAUUACUGGAGGCGGAAAAUUGCUCACAAAGACGUCGCAAAAGAAAACUGUCCUUUAAUUAAGAAGCUUUGGAAGGAAGGAAGGAAGCAUGGGAAGCCGAUUUUGGCUCGAGCUCAAGGUUUCUAAAUGUCAGACUGUCAUUGUCCGAGGAAAGACUUUCAACAGAGCAAUAAAAAAUUAACAUUUUAUUUAUUGUCAUGGUCAUGCAUCCCAUUAAAUGUGAGUCCUUGGGAAAGAAAGCACUUCAUUAGCAGGAGUUGGUAACCUUUCACCAGAUUGGGAUGUGAAGCACCACGAAAUCAAAACCUUAAGCCCAGACGUCUGGGCAUACUGUUACUUUAAACUGUUAGAACCUUUUGCUUUUCCACUUCUGCUUUUGUAACAGAACCCUUUCUGUGUUGCCUAUAAUUUGAUCCCUUAACAAUACAAUUCAAUAAGUCUAGCUUUCAUUCCAUCUCGCAUUCCAUUUUC